UCUCAUUUCCUCUCUUUCUAGGUUAUUUUCUCUUACAAAGAAAAUGGCCAAAACUCUUGCAAUGUUGCUACUCUUACUCCAAUUAACCUCGUUCAUUGCAUUUGCUGAAGAGCUUGAAUCUCUUCACACACCAACACAACUUCACCCACCGGCUAAAUCCCCUCACCACUAUCAUCACAAUCCUUCACCAACCCCUUCUCGUUCCCAUGUUCACGCUCCUUUACACCCUCCUCAUCAUACUAAACCCCCAACCCAUCGCCAUCAUCAACAUCCUCCUGCUCACGCCCCUGUUCAACCUCCAACACAUCACCACCACUCUCCUGCUCAUGCCCCUGUUCACAAACAUGUUCCAGUUCAUCCUCCUCACCAUGCUAAACCUCCAACCCAUCACCGUCAUCAACACACUCCUGCUCAUUCCCCUAUUCAACCUCCAACACAUCGCCAUCACUCUCCUGCUCAUGCUCCUAUUCACAAACAUGUUCCAGUUCAUCCUCCUCAUCAUGCUAAACCUCCAACCCAUCAUCGCCAUCAACACCCUCCUACUCAUUCCCCUGUUCAACCUCCAACGCAUCACCACCAGCCUCCUGCUCAUGCCCCUGUUCACAAACAUGUUCCAGUACAUCCUCCUCGCCAUGCAAAACCUCCAACUCAUCACAACCAUCAACGCCCUCUAACUCAUGCGCCUAUUCAACCACCAACACAUCACCACCCUCCUGCUCACGCCCCUGCUCACAAACACAUUCCAAUUCACCCUCCAUUCCACGCCCAUGUACCUACUAAAUCUCCAACUCCCAACCCUCACCCCCGCCAUCAUCACACUCCUGCUCUUGCCCCUGCUCACACACCACUGCGUUCAAUUUUCCAUCCUAGAAGCUUAAUAGCUGUUCAAGGUGUUGUUUAUGUCAAAUCUUGCAAGCAUGCUGGAGGUGACACCCUUUUGGGUGCUACAUCUAUAAUUGGUGCCGUUGUGAAGCUCCGAUGCAACAACACCAAACAAUAUGUGGUCUUAAAAGGAAAAACAGAUAAGAACGGUUAUUUCUAUAUUAAAGGCUCAAAUAACAUCUCAAGCUAUGCAGCUCGCAAGUGUAAUGUUGUAUUGGUCAGUGCACCAAAUGGACUAAAGCCCUCAAAUCUUCAUGGCGGUAUCACGGGUGCCGUUCUUAAGGCCAAGAAGUCAUUUGUAUCUGAAGGGCAUCCUUUUAUUCUCUACAAUGUUGCGCCCCUUGCGUUUGAACCUAAAUGCUCUCAUUAA